AUGGCAAAGUCAACCACCAGGGGGAAGAAUGGAUCCUCUUUGAAGGAGACUGCUGUUCUUGAGAAGAAACCAGUUGGAGAUGUUUCAAGAAAGAGAAAGUCUGAACAAGAAGAAUCCGAUGAGGAAGAUGCGUCUCAAGAUGAGGAUUUCCAAGUUGAUGGAUUAUUAGAUGACGAAGCAAGUGACGACGACGAAGAAGCAGAUGAAGAUGAAGAAGAAGCCGUAGAUGAAGAUGACGAAGAAGAGAAAGAAGUAGAAGAAGAAGAUUCAGAUGCAGAAUUCAAUGAUUUACUUGGUGAAGAAGAAGAUCCAAGUGAUGUUGAAUCUGAAGACUUCUCAGAUGAACCAACUGAAACCAUAACUGAUGCACUUUCAGGAAUAAAGAUAAGAUCAUUAUCCAAUAAUUCAAAUGGAGAUUCUGAAGGAAUUAAAUCUAAAUUUUCUGAUGGUACUCCUCGUAUAAUUAAACCUGAAAUUAAUCCAAUCUAUGAUAGUGAUGAUAGUGAUGCUGAAGAUUUUAAUACUAUUGGUAAUAUUCCAAUAUCUGCAUAUGAAGAAAUGCCUCAUAUUGGUUAUGAUAUUAAUGGUAAAAGAAUCAUGAGACCUGCAAAGGGUUCUGCCUUAGAUCAAUUAUUAGAAUCAAUUGAUUUACCAGAAGGUUGGACUGGAUUAUUAGAUCAAAAUACCGGUUCAUCAUUAAAGAUUACUGAUGAAGAAUUAGAAUUAAUUAGAAAAAUUCAACAACAAGAAAAUACUGAUGAAAAUAUAAAUCCUUAUGAACCAUUAAAUGAUUGGUUUACUUCUAAACUAGAAAUCAUGCCAUUAACUGCUGUUCCUGAACCAAAGAGAAGAUUUGUUCCAUCUAAACAUGAAGCUAAAAGAGUUAUGAAAAUAGUAAGAGCUAUAAGAGAAGGUAGAAUUAUUCCUCCCAAUAAAGUAAAAGAGCAAAUUGAAGAAGAUAAAUUAAAUUAUGAUUUAUGGAAUAAUGAUGAUGAUGAAGAAAUUCCCGAUCAUAUUAUGAAUUUAAGAGCUCCAAAACCAUUACCACCUACUAAUGAAGAAAGUUAUAAUCCACCUGAAGAAUAUUUACUUACAGAAGAAGAAAGAAAGCAAUGGCUUGAAACUGAUCCACAAGAUCGUGAACGUAAUUUUAUUCCUCAAAAGUAUGGUUCAUUAAGAAAAGUACCAGGAUAUCAAGAAAGUGUUAGAGAAAGAUUUGAAAGAAGUUUAGAUUUAUAUUUAGCACCAAGAGUUCGUCAUAAUAAAUUAAAUAUAGAUCCAGAAAGUUUAAUUCCUGAAUUACCAUCUCCACAAGAUUUAAGACCAUUCCCAAUUCGUUGUUCUACUAUAUUUCAAGGUCAUGAAGCUAGAAUUAGAACUAUUUCUAUUGAUCCUACUGGAUUAUGGUUAGCUACUGGAUCAGAUGAUGGUUCAGUUAGAAUUUGGGAAAUUUUAACUGGUAGACAAGUAUUUAAAACUCAAUUAAUUAAUAAAGAAAUAAAUCAAGAAGAUCAUAUUGAAAGUUUGGAAUGGAAUCCUGAUUCUCAAACUGGUAUAUUGGCAGUUGCUGUUGGAGAACAUAUUUAUUUAGUUGUUCCACCAGUAUUUGGUUUUGAUAUUGAAAAUCUUGGAAGAUUGAAGAUAGAAUCCGGUUGGGGUUAUGGUACUUUUGGAAAUAAGAAGAAAUCCGAUAUAGCAGUUGAAGAUGAUGAAAAUAAAAAUGAAGAUAUAGAUGAUGAAGAUGAAGAAGAAGAUGAUGGAAAGCAUAAUUCAUCUACUAAUGAAGUUAAAAAAGAAGUUGCAAAAUGGUAUCCACCAAAUCAAGAUCAAGCCCAACUUGGUAUAGCAGCUAUAAUUCAAUGUCGUAAGACUAUUAAAAAGAUUUCAUGGCAUAGAAAAGGUGAUUACUUUGUCACCGUUUCUCCAGAUGCUAAAAAUACUGCUGUUCUUAUUCAUCAAUUAUCUAAACAUUUAUCUCAAUCACCAUUCAGAAAAUCUAAAGGUAUAAUAAUGGAUGCAAAAUUCCAUCCAUUUAAACCUCAAUUAUUUGUAGCUUCUCAAAGACAAAUAAGAAUUUAUGAUUUAGCUCAACAAGUUUUAACUAAAAAAUUACUUCCUGGAGUUAGAAUGUUAUCAAGUAUUGAUAUUCAUCCAAGAGGUGAUAAUUUACUUGCAUCAUCAUAUGAUAAACGUGUAUUAUGGCAUGAUUUAGAUUUAAGUGCUACACCAUAUAAAACAUUAAGAUAUCAUGAAAAAGCAGUUAGAUCUAUAAAAUUCCAUAAGGGUAAAUUACCAUUAUUUGCAUCUGCCUCUGAUGAUGGAUCAAUUCAUAUUUUCCAUGGUACUGUAUAUGAUGAUUUAAUGACUAAUCCAUUAUUAGUACCAUUAAAGAAAUUAACUGGUCAUAAAGUUAUAAAUCAAAUUGGUAUUUUGGAUUUAGUUUGGCAUCCAAAGGAAGCAUGGUUAUUCAGUGCAGGUGCCGAUGGUACUGCACGUCUCUGGACUACUUAG